AUGAAUAGUAACAAACAACCAACAGUCAUCAUAAUAACCCUUUCCAAUGAAUUCUUGCACUUGUAUUACACAAUGGCCGUACUCAAAGGUUUAUCGUGGCAAUCAUUGAAAGCUAACUAUUCGUUGAUACCACUGUUUUCCAUUGUUACAAUUGGUAUGGCUAUGGCAGCUGGACAUGCAUUUCGUUCAUUAGCUUUUUCAACUGAUGUCAAAGUUAACCGACGUAAUCCAGAACGACCAUGGGAAACCCAAGUCAACGACGAUGGAACGUUUAAGCAUGCCAAAUAUCUUAAAAUUAAUGAUUAUCGCCAAUUGAAGAAGAGCGACUAUGAGCCAGAACUCGACGAAUAA